CAAAUUUGAAAGUGAGAGAAACAGACGGACAAAGUUGACAAAAAAAAAAAAAAAUUUGUCUCUCUCUGAUCUGCUGAUCAAAAAAACAAGCGGUGUUCCUUUUAUUGGUGGUGUUAAAGUUUUUGUGGGUCUGUUUUGAGAAAGCUAAAAACAGGAAGGUUUUUUCUGGGGUUUUGGUUGGUUUUUUUUUUUCUUUUUUGUUUUUUUUGUUUUUUUGGUUUUAGUUAAGAUGGCAACAUUUGCAGGGACAACACAGAAGUGCAAGGCAUGUGAGAAGACUGUGUACUUGGUUGAUCAGCUCACUGCUGACAACAAAGUUUAUCACAAGGCAUGUUUCAGAUGCCACCACUGCAAAAGAACCCUCAAGCUGAGUGAUUAUUCAUCCUUUGAGGGUGUUUUGUACUGCAAGCCUCACUUUGAUCAACUCCUUAAGAUGACCGGUAGUUUGGACAAAAGUUUCGAAGGUACUCCAAAAACUGUUAGAGACAGAUCAGCUGAUCAGAUCCAAACAAACAGCAGAGUCUCACGUUUGUUUGCUGGCACUCAAGAAAAAUGUGUUGCUUGCAAGAAAACUGUUUAUCCAAUUGAGAAGGUGGCGGUCGAUGGUACGUCAUACCAUAAAGCCUGUUUCAGGUGCACUCACGGUGGUUGCGUGAUCAGCCCAUCGAACUACGUGGCCCACGAGCAGCGUCUCUAUUGUAAGCAUCACCAUACGCAACUCUUCAAGGCAAAGGGAAACUUCAGCCAACUCGACAAGCAUGAAGAUGUCAAAGGGGUGACUGAGAACUCACUAGCCGAUGUCAAAGGGGUGACUGAGAACUCACUAGCCGUGUAACUUCUACACACCAUGGUCUGUUUGGUCACAAGUUUCUCUCGGCGGAUAUCGAAAAUGCUACUCGCUGUAGCGGUGAAAAAGAAGAGUCUAGUUUGAGUUUUCACUUUGUUGCUAAUUUUUUGAGUGUGAGCUUUCAAAUGAAAAAUAAUAACAUAUAUUGGUGAGUUUGUUUUCCAAAUAAAACGGUGUGGUUAGCCUAAAUGUCUUGUGUUUUUUGUUUCGUUGGAUGAUUUGAGGUUGUUGUGAUGUAGGACAUGUCAUGGUUUCAGCCUUUUUUUUCUCUUCUGUAAUCCUUCUUUGUUUUUAUUUGUAUACCAAUACUUAUACAUACAUGAAGUUUGUUCAGAAUUUUACAACAUUUUGUCACAAAACUCUAUGA